AUGGAUUUAUACAGAACUAAACCGAGGAGGCUGGAUGACUUCAUGAAACAAAAUCUGGAGCUGAGUGAAUUUAACUUAGAACUAAGAAAUACAGUACAUACAAUUGAAUUUUCAAGGAAACGAUGUUUCAUCAAACAACCUGGGAUCAAAAUUAUCAGAGCUGUUAAAGGAGGGUCUUCAGGCAAAGGAACAGCUUUAAGGAAUGGUUUAGAUGCAGAUCUUGUUGUCUUCCUCAGCUGUUUCCAGAGUUUUCAGGAGCAGAGAAACACAAAGCAGGAAAUUCUAGAAGAAAUUCAGGAAAUACUGCAACAGUGUGCUUUAGGCAAUGCCUACAAAAUCAUUGAUAUUAGCAUGAGUUUCACACAGAACAGCAACAUCCCUCCAAAGUCUUUGAGCUUUGCAGUAAAAUCAAGGAAAAAGUCGAGCAAUGUGAAUUUUGAUGUUUUGCCAGCCUUUGAUGUAUUCGAGGAAUCAUGUGAUGCAAAUGAAGCCCAUCUCAAGCUAAUGAAACUUGUAAGUGAAUAUGGCGAUCCAUGUCGUGAAUUUUCAGUCUGUUUUACUGAGCUUCAGAGGAAAUUUGUGAAGCAAUGUCAGCAAACACAAACCCGCCCAAAUGCCCAGGUUUAUGUGGACCUGAUUAAGGCCAAAGGAUUUGGAGGAGAAUUCUCAACAUGCUUCACUGAACUUCAGAGAAACUUUGUAAAGUGCCAUCCAGUUAAACUAAAGGACCUGAUCCGCCUUGUGAAACACUGGUAUAUAGAGUAUGUCCGACCAUACAAAUGUCAACUAAGAAGUGGAGAGUUCCUCCCACCAAAAUAUGCUCUGGAGCUGCUGGUCAUCUAUGCAUGGGAGAGCAUGGGUAGGGGAGACAAUUUCGAUACUGCUGCAGGAUUCCGCACAGUAAUGGAACUGAUUGUUAGAUACAGAGAGCUAUGCCUUUACUGGAACACGUACUAUAACUUCGACAAUUGUUUUGUGGCUGACUUCUUGAAAAGCAAACUUAAAGAACCAAGACCGAUGAUACUCGACCCUGCAGAUCCAACAGGAAAUGUUGCUAGAAAUGCUCGAUGGGACUUGGUUGCAACGGAGGCCAAAAAAUGCUUACAGCAAGUCUGUGCACAGAAUGUUGAACCCUGGAAAUUUGAGCCAACGCCGCAGUUUAAAAUCACUGUGAUUAGCCUGAAUGGCUCCUCAUUAGACAUGAUGGCCAACAUUGACACCAAAAUCUCAAUGAUCAAGGAACAAAUCCAUCAAGCCCAGAACAUUUCAGUUCACCAUCAACGCCUGAUAUUCAAUGAAACCAUUCUGAAUGAUGGCAAAACCUUAUUGGAUUCUGGAAUAUUCUUUCAUGCAAAGCUCCAACUAAUUGUGAUAAACUCAAUGGAGAUAUUUGUAAGGAAUCCAAAUGGACAAAACCUGGAAAUUAAUGUGUUCCCAACUGACAAGGUUUUGAGCCUGAAAAAUAAGAUCCAAUCUGUGGAGUGUAUUUCUCCAAGCCAGUACUACCUGACCUUUCAGUCAAGAAUACUUGAAGAUGGGCACACGCUGGCACACUACGGCAUUGAGCACCAUUCUACCAUUGACAUCAACUUGCGUCUCCGCGGGGGCAGGGGAACUUGAAAAUUAACACCAGUACUAAAAAGUUUAAAAUAAAUGUUAAUGACACAUCUUAUCAACUGGAUUGAAUUAGAACACGUCACAAAUCUAUAUACUACAUAUUAGUCCUUUCAACUGAUUUAUCUAUAUUUUAGGUAUUUUCAAAUAUGCCUAAAAUUUAAAUGAAAUUUACAUUGAGAAUGAGAUGAAACUUCAAGUAAUGUUUGAAGUGAAGAUGACCCUGUGCAUUUUGAAACAUGUAUUCAACUAUGAUUCACUGCAAGAAUGGUACUUUGAAUGCAAUAUAUUUUAAUCUCCAAAGACCAAUAGAACUUUUGCCCAUUUUCUUUGUUUGAAUGUGAUUACUCCCACCACUCCUCCAGGCCAGUUGAUGUGACCAAUCACUGCUUGAGGUUUUUGAGAUCAGCCUGUGAUUCGGAAAUAACUUGUUCCUCCUGUCUGCUCUGCAUAGCACAUUGGAGAUGGCAACAAGUGGCCCUCCUCUCAAAAUUAAUGAAAUAACGCUCACAUUUAUUUUAUUUUUAUAUUGCACAAAUUGUGUUGCCAACUGCAGCAGUGAAUUAAUAACGCUCUUUUUAAUUACAGUAGUUUAUUCGACUGGUUUUGUAUUUUUAUAGGUUCUGUAUUCAUUUGCUGUCAUGAUCUGUUUGGAAUGUUUUACAUUUGUUUACAUAGAGUAGGAAUAUUAUUUGCUAAGUACGUAUUAUGUAUUACAAUAGUCAUAGUUUCAUAGAAUUAUACAAUUUGGAGGAAGGCCAUUCAGGCCAUCAUUUUGAUUUGGGAAAUUUGAAGAAGCUAUCCAAUUGCCUUUUUAAAUAAAUUUCGCUCCAUGCUUUUUUAAAGGUACUAUUGAAUCUGCUGUGCAAUAUCACAACAGACUGAAUAUGUAACAAUGCAAAGUAAAGAUCUUUGACAA